GCUGCAGGGGGCGGCGCUGGCUGGCGGCUGCGCUCGCUCCAGUCGGCGAGCGGAGCAGCGAGCGAGCGUGUGUGUGUUUUUUAAAGAUGGCCGGAGCGGCGGCGGCGGUGGCCGCGGGAGCAGCAGCUGGAGCUGCCGCGGCAGCCGUGUCGGUGGCGGCUCCGGGCCGGGCCUCGGCGCCCCCGCCGCCCCCGCCCGUGUACUGUGUGUGCCGGCAGCCGUACGACGUGAACCGCUUCAUGAUCGAGUGCGAUAUCUGCAAGGACUGGUUCCACGGCAGCUGUGUUGGAGUAGAAGAACAUCAUGCUGUUGACAUUGACCUGUAUCACUGUCCCAACUGUACAGUUUUACAUGGUUCCUCCUUGAUGAAAAAGAGGAGAAACUGGCACAGGCACGACUACACAGAAAUUGAUGAUGGUUCCAAACCAGUGCAAGCUGGAACUAGAACUUUUGUUAAGGAAUUACGAUCCCGAGUCUUCCCAAGUGCCGAUGAAAUCAUUGUAAAGAUGCAUGGCAGCCAGCUGACACAAAGAUAUCUAGAGAAACAUGGAUUUGAUGUCCCUAUUAUGGUCCCUAAAUUAGAUGAUCUGGGGCUCAGGCUCCCUUCACCUACUUUUUCUGUGAUGGAUGUGGAACACUAUGUAGGUGGUGACAAAGUGAUAGAUGUCAUUGAUGUGGCAAGGCAGGCAGACAGCAAAAUGACACUUCACAAUUAUGUUAAAUACUUCACGAAUCCUAACAGACCAAAAGUGUUAAACGUGAUCAGCCUUGAAUUUUCAGAUACAAAGAUGUCUGAAUUGGUGGAGGUCCCUGAUAUAGCCAAAAAACUUUCUUGGGUGGAAAAUUAUUGGCCAGACGAUUCAGUCUUUCCCAAGCCAUUUGUCCAGAAAUACUGCUUAAUGGGAGUUCAAGACAGCUACACAGAUUUCCACAUUGACUUUGGUGGAACUUCAGUCUGGUACCAUGUCCUCUGGGGUGAGAAGAUUUUUUAUUUGAUAAAGCCAACAGAUGAAAAUUUGGCACUCUAUGAAUCUUGGAGUUCAUCUGUGACCCAGAGUGAGGUGUUCUUUGGAGAUAAGGUGGAUAAAUGCUACAAAUGUGUGGUAAAGCAGGGACAUACCUUAUUUGUUCCUACAGGGUGGAUUCAUGCUGUGCUCACUUCUCAGGACUGUAUGGCUUUUGGGGGGAACUUUCUGCACAACCUUAACAUUGGCAUGCAGCUCAGGUGUUAUGAGAUGGAGAAAAGGCUAAAAACACCAGAUCUUUUCAAAUUCCCUUUCUUUGAAGCCAUAUGUUGGUUUGUAGCCAAAAACUUGCUGGAAACCCUGAAAGAACUGAGAGAAGAUGGUUUCCAGCCUCAAACUUACUUAGUACAGGGAGUGAAAGCACUGCAUACUGCUUUAAAAUUAUGGAUGAAAAAAGAACUUGUAUCUGAACAUGCCUUUGAAAUUCCAGACAAUGUUAGACCUGGACAUCUUAUUAAAGAACUUUCUAAAGUAAUUCGAGCAAUAGAGGAGGAAAAUGGCAAACCAGUUAAAUCUCAGGGAAUUCCUACUGUGUGUCCAGUUUCACGAUCCUCAAAUGAAGCAACUUCCCCCUACCAUUCCCGACGAAAGAUGAGGAAACUUCGAGAUCAUAAUGUCCGAACUCCUUCUAACCUAGACAUCCUAGAGCUCCACACCAGGGAAGUCCUCAAAAGAUUAGAGAUGUGUCCAUGGGAAGAGGACAUCUUGGGCUCUAAACUAAAUGGGAAAUUCAACAAACAUCUCCAGCCAUCUUCCACAGUACCUGAAUGGAGAGCAAAAGAUAAUGAUCUACGAUUACUGCUGACAAAUGGAAGAAUAAUCAAAGAUGAGAGACAGCCCUUCACAGAUCAGAGUCUUUAUACAGCAGAUAGUGAAAAUGAAGAGGAUAAAAGAAGGACAAAAAAGACAAAGAUGAAGAUAGAAGAGAGUUCAGGAAUAGAGGGGAUGGAAAAUGAAACAUCUCAAAAACCACUUAACAGGUUUUUUACACAUGUGAAAUCAGAACUCAGGAGUAAAUCAUCAGGAUAUUCCGAUAUUUCUGAGUCAGAAGACUCUGGACCUGAGUGCACUGCACUGAAAAAUAAUUUUACCACUGAAGAGUCUGAAAGUUCAGGUGAUGAAAAGAAACAAGAAAUAACAUCAAACUUUAAGGAAGAAUCUACUGUGGUGAGAAACUUCCUUCAAAAGAGCCAGAAGCCAUCUAGAAGUGAAAUUCCAAUUAAAAGGGAAUGUCCUACCCCGACGAGCACAGAGGAAGAAGCUAUUCAGGGCAUGCUGUCUAUGGCAGGGUUGCACUAUUCCACAUGUUUACAAAGGCAAAUACAAAGCACAGACUGCAGCAGGAAACUCUCACCGGUCCAGCAGCUGCACAGCAGUAACCAUGAGGUUAGGCAGUUGUAUCGCUAUGAUAAACCAGUGGAAUGUGGAUACCAUGUCAAGACUGAAGAUCAAGACUUGAGGACUUCUUCCUGGAUUAAACAAUUUGAUACUUCCAGAUUUAAUCCUCAGGAUCUAAGUAGAAGCCAGAAAUGCAUCAAAAAGGAAGGUUCAUCAGAAACCAGUCAGAAGGUACCAAGUAGGAAUUAUGUGGACAGCAGUGGCUCAGGCCUUCAGAACGGAAAGUACAUACAGAAUUCAAGCUUGAUUUCAGGGGCGUGCCAGAUAAGUAAUGGCAGUCUAAGCCCAGAAAGGGCAGUUGGUGAAACUUCCUUUUCAGUGCCCCUUCACCCUACCAAGAGACCUGCAUCAAAUCCACCACCUAUCAGCAACCAGGCAACAAAAGGUAAACGCCCAAAAAAAGGAAUGGCAACAGCAAAACAACGUCUUGGGAAGAUCCUUAAAUUGAACAGAAAUGGCCAUGCACGUUUCUUUGUGUGACAGAGCUACUGUUGCAGCCACUUUUCCCUUUGGAGACCAGUCUCGGGGGUGCAGGAGCCUGGAGCUUCUGCCAUCCUUCUGCCUGGAGCAAUUUGCGUGUACAGUAAGAACACUGCCCGAAGAACAGAGCGAACCUGAUGCUGCAUUUUCACUGUGCCACACCCACUCAGCAAUAACCAUUUUGGACCUGGUGGGGGAGAGGAAGAAGGAGGGUAGAACCUUAAAAAGAGACCUUGAACUGGAAAGGGUCUCUUGUCAGGGCUUGAAUUUCAUUUUGUUGUUGGUAGUGUCUUGAUUUAUUUUCAGUGGUAGGAUAAAGAAUUAUCAAUAAUUUAUUUAACAGAUUUUUUUAAAGUUAACAGCUUAUAAAUUCUUUCUUUUUUAAAGCUAUUUAUUUGGAAGAUUUCUGGAGAAAUAUCUCACUAAUUUAGAUUUAAGAAUGUGAAGGUUUUUAAAUUAUUUUUGAUAGUGUGUGUGUUAUAUGUGGGGAAGAGCCACAGUAACAGUAACUAGUCUGGACUCUUAAAUUUGAUAUUCAGGUUAAAGUCUUAAACAGGGAUUUGAUGCAUUAAUUAUUUUAAAUUAAGAUGUAUAUGAAAAUCAUUUUAUUUUAUAUAUUUCAUGUGUUUUUUAUAAGCUAUUAGCUUCGCUUUUGCUAACAUCCAAGGUGCAUACUGUUAUCCAGGUUAAUUACCUUAUAUCCCACCUUCCGUCUGCACUCCCAGUCAUUCUGUGAUGACCCAACAAGACUCUUCUCUUUGCAGGGAAACACUUUCAUAGCCAAUGUGUAAGAACUCCAUAAAAGAUUCCUCAUUUCUCAUUUCGUUUGACAUUGUGAUUUUCUUCUAAAUAUAAAAAAAUAGGCUUCUUGCAUUUUCAUUUCUGCUGAUGAUAUCUGGGUCCCAAAGAGAACAGCUUUAAUAUCUUUUUCCUACUUGUGGGAAAAGUAUUAUAAGUUUGGUUAAAUUGUCAUGUUUGUAGUUUUUCCAAAUACAUUUGUAACUAUAGUGGGCCUUCUUCAUAAUGCUAGUGUUGGUGAACAGGACCAACACCUGCUGCAAAGGUUAUAUCUUACUGCUUUUAUUCUCUAUACCUAAUUUGUUAGAAAAUAUGGUUUGACUGAGGAUAUUCAAAUCUGCAUAAUAAGCCGUACUAUAAUAGAAUUAUAUUAAGUUGUAUAGAAGCAAGCAUGUUGGAGAUUUGUGUGUGUGUGUGUGUGUGUGUUUACUUUUUUAAUUUUUUAACCUUCUAAAGAAUUAUUUAAGAUAUGGAUUUGGAGUAAAAUGGGUGCUUUUUGCAGUUUCUUCCAUCUAUCCUAACUUGACUAGUUCAUGUUGAGGUUAAGUGUCUGGUUGAACUUUAAUCAUUUAUCUCCUUUAUGUACAAUUUUACUAAAUGCCAGUUUUCAGUUGCUUGUAAUAGUUUCUAUUUUCCCUUCCCUCCUUUCCCCCCAUAGCAUAAAAAUAACUGAAUUCUGGGAGUGGGCUGGAAAUGUUCCCAGGUCUGACAAUAGAGCAUUUUACCAAUUCCUACAAAGAAAAUAUAGGCAAAUAGGAUAAAUUUUAUUUUUAUGGAAAAGAAAUAUGGCUAUAUUAUAGAUGUGUCUUUUUUUUUUUUUAACUCAGCAAGGUAGCAAGACUUUCUCCUCUAUACUAUUCAAGUGUCACUUGAAUAGUAUAAAAAAAACUAUACCAUCAUCUUUUAUGGUUGCAUUCAAAUGUAUAUUUUCAAUGAGAAAUAUUUCUUACUCUGUCUCCAUUCCAAAAUUUUAUGGAAUAAAUGUGAAAUAGCUUAUAAAUUAGCCUUUUUGGUCCAGAGUGAGUGGAUCAAAGUUUGAAUCUCAUCUGUGUGUCAGGAAGAAUUGUUAUGGAAAUCCUCAGUGUCUAUAAACAGCCUAAUUAAAUUCUGUCUACACUAUGCCAAAACUAGUAAAGAGGUGGGUAGAGUCAGUCAUUCACUGGUAGUUUUAUCUCAAGAUGUCACAAAUUAGAAUUUGACUGAUUCUUCUACCUUCCCACACAGUGUAUUAUUGUAAUGUCUUGGUUUUCUGUAGACCCUGUUCUGGUGUUACAGUACAUGUUUUUAUUUUGGAUUAGGAAAUAACAGCUAUAAUUCCUUUUUCCAGUUACAUCAUGAUCUAGGGUAGGGUUUUUUCUUUACAUUUUUUAUAACUAAAUAUUUUCAAUUACUUUUACUUCUUUAGCCAUAAAAAUUAGACAAAACUUAAUUUUUUUUUAUGAAUUAAAAAUGUGGCCAGUAUUCAUUCACCCUGUGUACUUAGGCCAAUAAAUACUAAUUUUGAAUAGCUAGUAUGUGGGAUUUUUAAGUGAAGUUACUGUGGAUUCAUUUUUGGCAGUUUUAGCCCAUUAACUGAUUAAGUUAGAAAACUCAAAACACAGUGAUACAAUCACUAUAACAGAAUACAUGUAUUCUUUUCCAAAUUGGUGAAAAUCUAGCCACUGAUCCAGUCAAACUUUCCUAGUCAGACCUCUUAUAGGGUUACUGGCGGUGAUGCGUCCCUUUGUUUCUCGCAAGUGGCUGAACUUUGAGGUAACUACUGCCAGUAUCUGGGCUUGACAGUGUAGUUCUACCACACAGACACCACAACUUAGAUAGGAAGACAGUGGUGAUAGCAUUUAGCUAGUUGUAAGCAAAUACAAAUAUGUAAAAUUGAGAAUUAUGAUUUAACAUACGCAAGCUUAAUAGUAAUAGAUGAUAAUUUUCCUAUAUUAUUAAGUAAGUGACACUUAACCUGGAAUCCACUGUACUGUAAUUCACAACAUCACAUAAUAUUAUACUCCUCAAUACUAAUGGACGGUGUAAACAAUAUAAAGCUGGCAGUUUAGAGUAGUUCAGUAUCUUAGAAAUACAUCGAACUUCCUAAGUAUCAGUUCUUUUUAAAACAUACAAAAUUGAAGAUUCUGACUGAAAUCAUAAACUCCAAGAGGAAUAAGCUCAUUCUUAUCACUAAUUAAAUACUUAGCUUAAAUACUUUUUUAUUUUUUAAUAAUCCUAAUUAAUGCCUUUUCAAUGUACUCUACUGUAUUUAUUCAUAGGAGAUCAACAGGUACUUCUCAUACGUCUGCUGUGUGCCCAGCACUACUUGGUCCUGUGGGGAGGAAUGUAGAGUUGCAGUUUUGGUCUCUGCCCUUGAAGAUAUCUUCUCUAGGACAUUAGCAAUAUUAUUUUCACUUCUAAGCAAACUUUAGCAAAAGAGAGUCCAUUCAUAAAAAACAUCAUAACUUUAUUAGUUUCAACCAAGAUAUGCCACUGUAGAAGUGAAAGUAAAACAAAGACCUGAGUUCUUUUUCAAAAUUUAAGAAACAUUUCAAAAGGUAGUAAUUUAAUGCAGCAUACAGGGGCAUGGGUAUAGUGUAGAAGGAAGCAGAAGACCCGGGUUUUUGUCCACGCUCUGCCAUUUAGGUGUCAGCUGUGUGACCUUGAAUAAGUUGCUUAUUCUAUCUCUUAGUUUUCUCAUUUGUUAAGUUUAGAUUAUAAUGCUUAUUAUGAUAACCAGCUAAGAAAAACAUAGAAAAGCAUUCCAUAGUCUAUUAACAUAUCAUAGCGAAUUUAUUAUUAUUUAAGUUACAACUGAUAAUGAAUGCACCUUUAUAUCCAUUUUAAAUUGAAAACUGCUAUUUUCAUAAAAUGUAUUUCAUAUCAAAUAUAUGCCCAGGGCCUGCCACUUUAAAAAUCUGAAGAAUCUCUAACAAGGUGCUGAAUUAAAAUUGGAUUCCAUGCUUACAGUGAAGGAAGAAGAAAUGAGUUGGAUUAUGGAUAAGAAAGUGAGACUGUUUGUCCUCAAGUACAUUAAGGUGACGUGAAGUAAUUGAAAGAUAACUUUACGUUUCUCUCAAAGAAGAAUUAGGAAAUACCUGAUUUCCUGAGUCUGACCCCACAAUUGAGCAUACUCUUCACGUACUAGAAAAAUGUGAAAUAGGUGUGGAAUGAAAAUGAUUUAGCAACUUUUCAGUGAAGUAGGGAAAACAGUAAGGUGGUUAGAAAGAUUGGAAUCCACAAAGACAGCUGUUGGGUGGGUAACAACAGCUUGUUGGUUAAAGUGAGGAAGCACUGCAAUAGUGUAGGAAAGGAGACUCCACUGCACAUCUUCAACAGAAAAGAUUCUUUUAGCUAUUUUCAAAAGAUGCUCUCUGUAAUGAUAAGACUACCGAGUUGAUUGGAAUAAUUGUAUGACCCAGUGUGCUACUGCUAGAAGUAACUAUCAAAAGUUCAUUUUUCUCAUUAAAUAUUAAGCUAAUUGCUCACCAGUCCUUUCCUGAUUUCCCUAGACCUUCAUCUAAAGCAAUCUUGAGAAGGUUGAACAUCAGAUCAUUAUCCUAGAAAAAGAAUAUCACUCAUAAAUAAAGGAGACAAAUGAAACCCAGAGAGGGCAGUGUUUGCCUGGAGACACACAAUCUGGGACCUCUGAUACCUUGCUUCCUAAAACAGCCCCUGGUCCAUGGUGCUGUGCAGCCUCUGCUUGUCCUCUGGUGGCUGAUGCUCAUGUGCUUACUGGAAGCCAAGUGGAAAGAAAGGGGAAGAAUUAAUUUACUCACUAUAUUGCUGUUGUAAUGUAGUCUUAAUACUGUAGCCUUACUAGACACUGUAGCCUUCCUUCCCUUAUUUUAAUUUUCUGGUGAACGUCAGGCCAUAGUCAAGUAUUUGACAUCCCCUACAUAAAUUUUUAAGAAUUAAUGUCAUUAGGAAGCAAAUGCUUGUUUCCAAAGCAAUUAGCUUAUUGUGACUGACUGUGAUUUUAUUAUUCUAUAGUAUUUUUUUCCUCUUUAUGGAAAGGCGAAAAUAAUACUCUUUUGAAAUACUCUUCGAUUCUUCCUCUCACCCUUGGUGCCCUUUCUAGUGUCCUAAGGCUUUGUCUUAACAAGUACAACAUAACACUUUUUUGUUAAAGCCUUUUUGAAACUAUUCAGUGAUUCUUCCAACAUGUUUAUCUACUCUGCACUGUUUCACUGAUAAUAAACCCUGGCUACCGCGUAGCCCUAGACCUCCAAGUAGCUUACCUAUGCAAGACCUGUGACUUUCCGAAUUCACUUUUCUUCAUUUCAGAAAGCAGUCAUCAAUGGAACUUAAUUAUCAAGGUAAAACUUGUCUCCAAUCAGUUUUAUUUGGGCCAUUUUCUUUUCAAAAUGUCAGCUAUUUUUUCUCAAGAUUUUUCACCAAAACAAUGAUUUUAAGUGCUGGAAUACAUAAUAUUUUGCAGGAAUAAAAUAACCCAGACAUACUCUUAUGUUUCUUUGGUGGAUUUUGGUUGCUAAAAAUUACCAGCAUUAAAUGUAAUAUAUAAUAAGGAGUUGACUCCUUGCCUAGAAUCAUUUCUUCCCUCCGAGAUUCAUAAGUAACCUUUUAUUUUUACAAAGCAUGCAUACAAUUUCCACAUCAUAGUCAGGGACCUGAGGUGUAACUUACUAAGUGAACCCCAAGGUUAUUUUAUCUUGCAAAAGAAACCUAAACCAAACUAAGGGCCUUACAGUUUAUGGUUAGACUGAAUCAAAAUCUAUAACCUCAAUUUUUCCAAAAACAGCUUCUGACUGCAAAAGCAAGUCAUGCAGUUGUUAGGUAUGAAAUAGCACUGAUCAGGAAAUGCGUAUGCAUCUCCGCAGACUGUAUUUCCUUCAGAAGAGACUUUUCUACUUUUAAUAUAAAUUAAGCCAUAACAGUUUCAUGCUGUGGAAAGAGGGUGAAAAGGUUCAUUUUAAGAGAUAAUAUAAUAUGAACUUUCACAUUUACUGUGAAAUGUCUAACUUUGCCAGUGCUUCAGUAAGUUUUUUUUUCUUUUUUUUUUUGGAGGGGGGUGUUGAUGGGGAGGGAUAGUAUUGGUUUUAGGGGUUUUAAAUCUGUGAAAUUUGAAAAGAGGACAGUUGUUGGCUAUGUAUUUACUAGUUUUGUAGUAACGUUUUGCUAGCCUGACUGAUUUUUCCUUACUGACUUUUAUGCCCACAGUCCAAUGUGACUGUUUCUCCUUCUUGUUUGGUCUGCGGGGUAGUGUCGUCUGUUUGUAUAGGCAGUCAGUGUGUGUGCACACGUGUGUUCUUUCAGCACAGAAGCCCACCGUGUGACAGUGGAGCAGGGUGUGGCUGGGAAGUGGGAUGCUGAAGCUUGAAGAGCAAUUUUUUUCGAUUCAUAACAGUAUUUCCCAUCUUUUGCCUGCAGGCAGGGAAAGUGUACAGUAUUUAUUUUGUUUCUGUUUUAUUUUAAAUUUGUAAGUCUUUAAGUAGCUUACAUUGAUUAUUAUAGGGGAAGACAAGUGACUUGUUUAAAGUUGUAUUUGGUAUUCUUUCCAAUUUCUGUAUUUUAAAAUAUUGAAAUUAAAAAUGUAUUACUUCUGUUUUGAUUUUUUUUGCACUCGGUGUAUUUUUUGCUCAUUUUGUUUGAAAGUAUAAAUGUUGGAAGUUGUAUAAAAUGUGUCUUUGAAAGAAAAAGAAUCUGAAUUCUAUAUCCAA